UCAUCUUUCAAAACCUAAAACCCUAAAGUUCGAAUUGAACACAAUUAACAGCAGGAGGAACUGAAAAUUUCUGUUAAUUUGAAGAUUAAUGGAGGGGCUGAAAGAAUGCGAGGCGAAUUUAGUUGUGUACUUACACCCGUCCAAGGCUAAGUGCGCCGGUGACGCCAUCCUCAGCGAGCUCAGCUCUUUGCUCUUCACGUAUAAUGAGACUUUUGAAGGAGUUGUACUGGCAUACGAUCCGAAUAUUUGUAGUAAUUUGGCGAAGAUUCUGCCAGGAAUUCAACCAUAUUUUGGCGUGAAAUUGAAAGCUAGGUUGUUGCUUUUCAAUCCGAAGCCCGAUAUGGUUGUAGAGGGAGAGGUUGUUAAAAUUACUCCUCAGUCAAUUCAUGCUGUGGUUCUUGGUUUUUCCUCCGCUUUUAUAGCAGAUGAAGACAUCCGUCACGAUUUCAAGCAUAAAAUUAAACGCGGAAAGGAAGUGUAUGUUAGCCGGACGCAUAAGAAACACAAGAUAAAAGUUGGAACUACUCUGCGGUUUAUUGUGAAGAGCUUUGAUGAAGAGAUACUUCACAUAUCAGGAUCUUUAGUCGCUGACCACACUGGAUGUGCUCGAUGGCUGGAUAAAAAUUUGGAUGAGUGGUCUCAAGCUGAUAGUACCAUUAAAAAGAGAAAGAGUGGGGAAGGAGAACAUGAAAAGCCAAGGAGUGACAGAUUGAUGGUGCAAAGGGAAAUAUUGUCAUUGGAAAAUGACGGGCAGGUUAAGAAAGCGAAGAAAAAGAAAAAGAACAUAGUUGAAAGUUGACGUAAAGGCACUCUUGCAUUUUGUAUACACAAGACUCUAUAGGUUCUUAAGCAUCCAGAUCAGAGGAAAAACACCCUCCCUAAGUUCGUCAGUAUCUCUUUUGUUGGAUGAGGAUAAGUUGGAGACUCGCAUCCCUUUCUGCUGACCAUAACAACACAUGAUAUGCAAUCAAAAUGAAUAUCCAGGGACAAAUGAUUGACAUUAUUUGAUGCUUCCACAUGGAAGUACAUGAUGGAGGGUGGAGGAAGUUAAUCUGUUGUCGUGUCUAUUAAAGUUUCCCUCACUAAUAUGUUGUUGCUACUUAAGUGAUAUAGUACAUUAGACUAAAGGGCUCUAGUCGAAAUCUGUAAUUGUCUAUGUAAUUAAUUAUUUUUGUUCCAGUAAAUGCUGCAUAAAGAGAUACUUCUAUUUUCAAUAUCUCAUUAUACCCUUUA